AUGUCUACUAUUUCAAAAAUUUUCAUACUUGAUUGUAAAUUUUUUGAACAAAUACUACAAGUACAACGAAUUGAUCUAAUAUUUGUUGAAGUUAUUGUUAUAAGUUUUAUUGAAGAAUGGUUAUGGUUAUUUUUUCUACAAGAAGCAUUAACAUAUAAUUGUCAAUAUUUAAAUUUCAUAACAAUUUCUAAAUUAAAUGAAUCGGCAAAAGUUAUUCUUGUUGCAAUGGAAAUGAUUGCUAAAUUUGUAAUAAUGUCAUCAUGUGUAUUUUUUAGUCAACAAAUCAAAAUGAAUUGGUCAAAUUUAUUCAUUGUAAUUCUUGGUAUUGUUGUUUUCCUUUGUGUUAGUGUAUUAUAUAUGAGCAUAGCUACAUUACCAACAUAUAAUGAACAAUGUUUUCGAUACAUAUUACGAUGUCGAUUAUUGAUUAAAGCAAAUCUAUUUUCACAAACAAUGGCUAAUAAUCAACUUGUAUUUGCUGAAGUUAUUGUAGCAAGUCUUAUUGAAGAAUGGUUAUGGAUAUUUUUUCUAAAAGAAGCAUUAACAUAUACAUCAUCAAAUAUAGUUAAUAGAAGAUUUUGGAAUGAAUUUCAUGAUCCAUAUAUAAUACUAUAUUCAAGAAUUUCUAAAUUAAAUGAAUCAGCAAAAGUUAUACUAUUGGCUGUUGAAUUGAUAUCUAAAUCAGCAAUAAUGACAUCAUGUAUAUUUUAUAGUCAACAAAAAACAAUGACUAUUGCCAGUACAUUUCUUACGUUUAUCGGUAUAGUUAUUUUUUUAUGUGUUGAGGUUUUAUAUGCACGUAUAGCUAUAAUACCUACAUAUAAUGAACAAUGUUUUCGUUCAAUAUUACGAUGGAUAAUUCGAACACAAUCAUUAACACAAUCAAAACCAUCAAAACAUUAUGGUCGUCUUUAUCAACGUAUUCAAUAUCGAUUAUUGAUUAAAGCAAAUUUAUUUGCACAAACAAUGGUUAAUAAUCAACUUGGUUUUACAUGUGGACAUUUAUUUCAUAUAAAUAAAUAUAAAUUUACUGAAUUAAUCCUAAUGAAUAUACCGUUAUUUUUGUUGUUAUAUAAACAAGCUUGUAAUUAUGAAAAUUAA